AUGUCCGAUACAGAAAUCUCGUCAAAAUCGGUGAGUGAAUUCGGUUAACAUAAUCAAUACAUCUCUUGCCAUCGGACAGGGUCGAACCGCAAACUUCGGAUGUAUGUGCAAGCGCCUUUUCCGACCAACAUGGCUUGGAGGUUCCCUUUACUGGUGCCGAGUGACUUUUCAUCCAAAGCGCAGGCACCUGCUCAAGUAUCAGAAGCUUGCACCUCGUCAAAAUCGGUGA